UGGCCUCUCCUUUCAGGGCCGGGCCGUCAUGGGGCCUUAUUGGCUGCUGGCUGGACCAGACCGGGUCCACUAGCCCUGGGCUUGGGGAGGCUGCGACUCCCAGUGCACACUUGGGCACCUGCAGCAGGCAGGGCAGGGGAGCCGAGGUCCGCGACCAGCUGGGGGUCUGCUCCAUCCAGAUCAGCUCGCACCCCGUCCCGGCCCACCAGGACCUCCCCGCAGCCCUCGCAAGAGCAGCGGUCCACUUUGCCAAGAUGUCCAAGGUAGCCAAGUAUCGCCGGCAGGUGAGCGAGGACCCCGACAUCGACAGCCUGCUGUCCACCCUGUCUCCUGAGGAGAUGGCGGAGCUGGAGAAGGAGCUGGACGUGGUGGACCCAGAUGGGAGCGUCCCCGUGGGGCUGCGCCAGAGGAACCAGACAGAGAAGCCGUCCACGGGCGCGUACAACCGGGAAGCCAUGCUCAACUUCUGUGAAAAGGAGACCAAGAAACUUAUCCGGAGGGAGAUGUCCAUGGAUGAGGGCAAGCAAGUGGAGACCAAGACAGAUGCCAAGAAGGGAGAGGAAAGGGGCAGAGAUGCCAGCAAAAAGCCCCUGGGCCCCAGACGGGACUCAGACCUGGGGAAGGAGCCAAAGAGGGGCGGUUUGAAGAAAAGCUUCUCAAGAGACAAGGACGAAGCUGAAUGCAAAGGCGCAGAGAGGCCCAAGGAGGAGAAGCUCGUCAGGGGCCUCGAGAAGGGCCGGGUCAGGGCCGCGGUGGACAGGAAGGAGGCCGGGAAGGAGGGGCGGGCGCUCGAGGGGACGGCAGCCCCCGGGAAGGACGAGGAGAAGCAGGGGGGUGUGAGCGGAGACAAGGGGAAGAAGGGAGAGGAGAAAAAGGAAGCAAGCCAGAGAGAGGAGGCCGAGAAGGUGAGGGGGCAGAGGAAGGGCCCGGACGCCCGGACGGAGGGCCAGGAGGUGGAGAGAGGGAGCAGGGACAGGGGUGCCAGGCCGGAGGACGAGAAGGCCAGAAAGGAGGAGCCCCGCCGUGCAAAAGCCCCCUGCGAAGAGAGCAAGGGCCCGGCGGCGCCAGAGAGAUCGGCCCCCGGAGCCCCGGCCCAGCCCGCCGACGGGCCCGGCCAGGCCGAGGAGGAGGCGGCCCCCAGCGUCUUUGACGAGCCGCUGGAGAGGGUGAAGAGCAACGACCCGGAGGUGACCGAGCUCAACGUGAACAAUUCGGACUGCAUCACCACCGAGAUCCUGGUGCGCUUCGCCGAGGCGCUGGAGUUCAACACGGCCGUCAAGGUCUUCGCCUUGGCCAACACGCGGGCGGACGACCACGUGGCGUUCGCCAUCGCCAUCAUGCUCAAGGCCAACAAGACCAUCACCAGCCUGAACCUGGACUCCAACCACAUCACCAGCAAGGGCAUCCUGGCCAUCUUCCGGGCCCUCCUGCAGAACAGCUCGCUGACCGAGCUCCGCUUCCACAACCAGCGCCACAUCUGCGGCGGCAAGGCCGAGAUGGAGAUGGCCAAGCUGCUCCGGGAGAACACCACGCUGCUCAAGCUGGGCUACCACUUCGAGCUGGCCGGGCCUCGCAUGACCGUCACCAACCUGCUCAGCCGCAACAUGGACCGGCAGCGGCAGAAGCGGCUGCAAGGGCGGCGCGCGCGGGAGGCCCGCGCGGGGGAGGCGCUGCCGGAGGAGCCCCGGGCCGGGAGGCCCUCCCCGCGGCCGCCGCCCAGCGCCGCCCCCAAGAGCUCCCCGGGGCAGGGGGGCGCCCCGGCCGCGCCGCCCCCCCCGCCGCCCCUCACGGAGACCCCGAAGAGCUCGCUCUCGCCGGCCACCCAGCGGAAGCUGGGCGACAGGGGCCUCCCCGCCCAGGAGAACUCCCGGGACCAGCUGCUGGCCGCCAUCCGCUCCAGCAACCUCAAGCAGCUCAAGAAGGUGGAGGUGCCCAAGCUGCUGCAGUAGGACCGGGCUGCAGGCGCCACCCGCGACGCCGCGCCUGCCCAGGCCCCGCUUCCCAGGGCCGCACAGACCCCGCCCACCACGCCGGCUGACCUGCUCU